GUUUUCCCCAUCAUGAGAGUAGACGUUUUUCCUCCUACUUUCAAAAUAACAGCAAAAGACCCAUAAAAACUCUGGUCAUCGAGAGAGUACAAUGCACAGCGCGUGACGAGCAUCCAGGAGAGUACAAUGCACAGUGCAUCAGCCAUGCCGAGGGCUAUUAAUUCACGCCCGGCCAUGUAGCCAGCCACACUGCUCCAUGUACCAGCUCCGAUCGAUUGGGCCUCCGAUCCGAGCCUAGAGGCUAUCAGCUACACGUCGUGCGUCAUGGCCGCCUCGUCGCCGCUGCCGCGGUGGGCGCCCACGCCGAGCCCGUCGCGGCCGCUCUGGCGCUGGGGCGGCGGCACGCCCGACGCGCGAACCGGCUCCGGCGGCGGGGGCGGCGCGGGCUGGUCGCUGGGCAGGAUAUUCCCGUGGGCGAGCGCCUGGCAACGCCGUGCUCCCGCGGGCGUGGACGGCCGCGGGCCGGCGGGUUUCGACGGCGUGGAAGUAGCGCCGAGGACAGCAGCGGUGGCGCCUGCGCCGGCCCGGUGGGCGGGCACGGACGAGGACCCCGGGGUGUUCCUGACGUGGGAGGACGUGUGCGUCAUGGUGGCCGGCGCCGCCUACGGGGCCCAGCCGGUGAGCAUCCUGAGCGGGAUCACUGGGCAUGCCGGGCCGGGGGAGGUGCUCGCCAUCAUGGGGCCGUCCGGCUGCGGCAAGACCACGCUUCUCGAUACUCUCGCAGGAAGGUUGGGGCCCGGGAUCACCGAGACCGGGUCGAUCUUGAUCAAUGGCCGCCGGGAGAAGCUCGCCUUCGGAACCUCGGCCUACGUGACCCAAGACAGUGUGCUGAUGUCGACAAUGUCGGUGCGGGAGGCCAUCUACUACUCGGCACAGCUGCAGCUACCGGGGACCAUGCCGGCAGCGGAGAAGCGGGCGCACGCGGACGCCGUGAUCCGGGAGAUGGGGCUGGGGGACGCCAUGGACACGCGCAUCGGCGGGCGGAUGACCAAGGGCAUUAGCGGCGGGCAACGGAAGCGGGUCACCAUCUGCGUCGAGAUGCUCACCCGCCCGCGGCUGCUCUUCCUCGACGAGCCCACCAGCGGGCUCGACAGCGCCGCCUCCUACCACGUCAUGAGCCACAUCGCCAGGGUCGCCGCGAGGGAGGGCAUGACUGUCGUCGCCGCCGUGCACCAGCCCUGCGGCGACGUCUUCGACCUCUUCCACCGCCUCUGCCUCCUCGCCUACGGCAGGACCAUCUUCUUCGGACCAGCCUCCGGCGCCACCCAGUUCUUCACUGAAAGUGGUUUCCCAUGCCCACCCCUGAGGAAUCCCUCUGACCAUUUCCUGAGGACAAUUAACAAAGAUUUUGACGAGGAAAUUGUUGAAAGUUCCAAAGCCAGGAGAAAAACGGCAGCUGAAGCAAUAGAGAUCCUGACAGAUGCUUACCAGUCCCCCGCUUAUUCAGAGAAAACAAUGGACCGGAUAGCUGAGAUGAAAGGGAUAGGUGGAGCUCCAUUUAGGAAGAGGGAACAAGCCAGCUUCUCAACAAAGCUCUUUGUGCUCACCAGAAGGUCAUUUGUGAAUAUGCACAGGGACAUAGGAUACUACUGGAUGCGUUUGGGUGUUUACCUGGGCAUUGGCAUUUGUCUUGGCACCAUAUUCUACCAAGUUGGCCACAGUUACAGUUCCAUCCAGGCUAGAUGUGAAGUAAUAAUGUAUACGACAGCACUUCUUACCUUCAUGGCGAUUGGAGGAUUCCCUUCUUUCGUAGAGGACGUAAAGGUAUUCAGAAGGGAGAGGCUGAGUGGCCAUUACGGCGUGGCAGAGUUUGUGAUCUCAAACACACUGUCGGCCACACCAUACCUGGCCGUCAUCGCUGUGAUCCCCGGCGCAAUGCUGUACUACCUUACCGGGCUAACAAAAGGGCCUGACCGCUUCGCCUACUUCGUCGUCAACCUGUGCAUGUGCACACUGCUGGUGGAGAGCAUGAUGAUGAUCAUCGCCGUCAUCGUCCCAGACUUCCUGAUGGGGAUCAUUGUUGGGGCCGGGGUGCAAGGGGUGAUGAUGCUCAAUGGCGGCUUCUUCCGCCUCCCCAACGAACUCCCGAAGCCGGUGUGGAAGUACCCUUGCUACUACAUCUCCUUCCACAAGUACGCUGUGCAGGGGUUUUACAAGAACGAGUUCAUAGGGCAGACGUUCCCAAGCGACCAGCUGGUCGAGAAGAAUGUCACCAUCAGUGGCCUUCGGGUGCUGCAAGAGAAGCUGCAGGUGGAGAUGGGGUACUCCAAGUGGGUCAACAUCGCCAUCCUUUGUGGGAUGAUGGUGUUGUACAGGGUCAUGUUCUUUGCAAUUGUCAAGAUUGCUGAGGAAGUCAGGCCAAAACUAAGGGGGAUGAGAUGCAAAUUGUGUAAAUAGAUGAUGGUGGAGAUCUCAUUUCUCUUCUUUUAUUAAACUGUCAUUGUGUAUAAGAACACAGUAUAGUCUAUGGCUUGCUUUAUGGGUUUACAUAGACAUACGAGAGGCUAUGGCCCUGUUUGUUUGGACUGGAGCUUCCUGGCAAAGAGCUGGAGGCAUGAGGAAGAUACACUAAGAAUUCAACAUGCAUGUAUGCAAGUGGAGAACGAA